CCAGAGUACUCGGUCGAGACACAGGCUCAACUAAUCUCAGCCAUCUGUGCACUUCAUAAUUUUAUUCGGGUCUACGAUGGUGAAGAUGAUGGUUUGGAGCCCAACGACACCAAUGAAACCCCAAGUAUCUCAUCCAUCACCACCCCGACACGGCGAGAAAGCUCCUUGCAAGAUCUUAUCGCUAAUCCAGCAGAGCCUAUUUCAGCUGAGGAGCUAGGGUGGUCAAUCAGCCCAGAGGAACGUGCUCGAGCAUCAGCCCGGCGUGACGCGAUUGCGCAGAAUAUAGACGUCGCACACUGUCACUCUCCAGCAGGCGGGCAGGGGACCAAUACGGCCAUGCAAGAUGCGUUCAAUCUGGCUUGGAAAUUAGCACUCGUUGUGAAAGGAAAGGUGGGACCGGAUAUUUUGAAGUCAUACGAAACAGAAAGAAUGCCGGUAGUAGCGGAGAUGCUGGCCCUUUCUAACGAACUCCAUACGCGCGCGUUCUCACACAUUCCAUCCACGGCCUUCCCCUCUGCACCUCCCACCGAGGCACUCGACCCCAUGUUGCGUUCCGUCAAGCUUCUUCAACUUGGAGUCAACUACCGAUGGAGUCCUCUUCUUCGAGAUGAGCGCAACGCUAGUGUUGCGGUUAAAUCGCUGGAGCCGGUGCCGCAGAAUCCAUAUGGACUAGCUGGGGACAACAGACUAGCUGUUGGGGACCGAGCACCAUUUUUUGGCAAUGGAGAUGUUAGUCUCUUUUCACUCCUGCAUGAUUUUCCUUCCCAUCUGGUACUCUAUUUCCCUCCGUCUGGCUCUGUCCUCAAUAUUGCAACAUUGGACGCCCUGCGCUCCCUCGGCGAUGACCUGUUUUCCAUUACGGUCGUGUCCAAGGAUGCCAUGGACGGAUCGGACCAGAACGUCCACUUCUACCAUGACCCAGAAGGAUCGGUGCUUGCUGCAUACGAAGUCACUCUCGACCGCGACACGUUCAUUAUCAUCCGUCCAGAUGGUGUCCUCGGAGCUUACGUGUUCAGUGUUUCUGGCGUGUGUAGUUACUUGAACUUGCUUGGUGUCAGUUGCUCAGAGUAA